CUACACAAUGACAGUCUUCUCUCAGUAAGAUGAAACCUGCUUUGGCUUCUGCAGAUCCACCCAUCCUCAUAACGACCAAGUAGAAGGCUAUGGUUUUCUCUUUGGGGAUCUUUUGUGCAUUACUGUUCUCCCUGAUUCGUUUUGGCCUCAGUUGGGAUUUCUGUGCUUUUUUGUUUGGCUACAUGCUGAAAAAGGAUUUUUUUUCCAACCCUUCGGUAAUAAUCCAGUGGUGAUCAAGGGGGAUAAAUCAUUCACCCUGGCCGAAAAAAAACAAUCACUGAGAAGUCUCAAAGAAAUAUACCACGUGAGGGGGAAAAACUGGGAGAAGAUCCGGAAUAUUAUCGUUUUUCCUAUGGUAAAACCGGCGCCCCUCUUCAGGAGAACUGAUUUCAAAUUAUUAUUAUGCAACCACAAGGAUCUCUUCUUUCUCAGGGUGUCUAAGCUGCUGGAUUGCUUUUCGCCCAAAUCAAUGUGGUUUCUUUGGAACAUUUUCAGCAAAGGAACGCAUAUGCUGCAGUGUCUUUGUGGCAAGAGUCUUAAGAAAAACAAGAACCCAACUGGUUUCAGGUUUUUAGUUCUACAUUUCUCUCCCCGAAUACUCAUGAAAAAUUGCUGUACCUAUGACAGAUCCCCAGCUCAAGGGUAUAGUGACCAGGUUAUAUUGCAGGCAAGGCUACUACUUGCAAAUGCACCCCGAUGGAGCUCUCGAUGGGACCAAGGAUGACAGCACUAAUUCCACACUGUUCAACCUCAUCCCAGUGGGACUGCGUGUUGUUGCCAUCCAGGGUGUGAAGACAGGGUUGUACAUAGCCAUGAAUGGAGAAGGUUACCUCUACCCAUCAGAACUUUUUACCCCUGAAUGCAAGUUUAAAGAAUCUGUUUUUGAAAACUAUUAUGUAAUCUACUCAUCCAUGCUGUACAGACAACAGGAAUCCGGUAGAGCCUGGUUUUUGGGAUUGAAUAAGGAAGGGCAAGCUAUGAAAGGAAACAGAGUAAAGAAAACGAAACCAGCAGCUCAUUUUUUACCCAAGCCAUUGGAAGUUGCCAUGUACCGAGAACCAUCUUUGCAUGAUGUUGGAGAAACGGUCCCGAAGGCUGGCGUGACCCCAAGUAAAAGCACAAGCGCGUCUGCAAUAAUGAAUGGAGGCAAACCAGUGAACAAGAGUAAGACAACAUAGCCAGAUCCUCACAGGUGUUGUGACUUAUUCGUCCUGAGCACAGUUGAGUGAUUUAUCCUUACAAGACAUUCCUGCUCCUGGGGCUGAGGAGCACUGGAAGUAAGCAGAUGCUUGCUCUUUGCUGUCUCAGAACUUGCUUGUCGCAAAUGGAUAAAUCUCAACCUGUUGCACCCCCCACAGCAAGAAGACACCUGGAUAACCAGCUGAACUCAGACCGUGGAAUGCCCUACCAGAUAUGGAAUGCCUUUUUAAUAUAUUUUCUGUGACUGUGACACUUCAUGUGAGUGACAUACUUCACAAGUACACUUGAUACCUUGCCUGCUGACAGUUACCCAUAUUCCUUUUUGAGUCCUGUUUCAGCGAAAUCUGUGUGUUUCAGUUCAAUUUUGUAGCACACCAAUACUAUUGAGUAAUUUCUAGUUAGACGCUGUAAAACCUGUGCUAUUAUGGAUUUCUCUUCUUCCCCGUUUUUACAGGGCUGCUCGCUCCACUGUCUGUGACCUUUUACAGGGAUUGUGUUCCUCGAAAUCUCAAACGUUGCAGUUGGCUGAGUUUGGAGAGCAAUCAGGGAAUCAGGAAGCCUUCUAAACCUAUUAUUACAAAUUGCAUCUAUAAAGAUUAAAAUUGUUGUGUCUGGCUCACACUAUCGAUGAAACACACAUAUAUGCCCUAUCCAAGUAGCAGAUACUGUGCCCCCAAGGUCGGCAUUGGCGGGGUGGGAAAUGGGUCAAACACACCCCAUGAGAAGCUCUCUAGGAUUUGUGUUUGACAUCCCCCUAUAGUUUCUUUGUGUGUGUGUGUGUGUGUUUUAUACAUAUCACAAGCUUACUGGUAAUGGUAACAUUUGCCUUGCCCAGCGAGCAAGACCCACUGGUUUUUGGGAAAGUGGGUCCAAAGAACUCUGUAGGCCUUGUAGGCCUGAUUAAGGUUCAUUUUUCAUCUACUAAUUCUCAUUAUUUGGAAAAAAAAGAAAAACCGAUAAUUACAACCUACGCGAAUUACGCUAUCUAAAUCCAUUUCAUAUAUAAUCCUGUUUUUAAUGAACUGAACUUAAUGCCAUCCCCGUUUUUGGCUGCAUCCCACUCAUACUCAGCAGAGCAUGGGCAAGGCGGCUGUUGUGUUCUUUUCUGCAGCAGCAAUGCAAACGUUAGUUAUAAAUUAGACUUUAAUAUUUUUGGUGUUUAAUGACAAGUUUUUAAACUGGACAUAUUAGGAAAAAACAUUUUUUUUAGCUCAGCAUGCUGAGUCCGGUACUGUGUAUUUCUCCAGUACAUACCUCUAGCAGCCCUGUACGGCCCCUGAUGCCCAAUGGCUGGGUUAGAGGUACCUUGCCAUGCUCUCAGAAUACAGUCUGUUGAAUUGUUCUAGAUAAAAAUAAAAGGCAAAUCAACGCAUUCAAACAUCAGGGUUUUGGUCCAUUCAGUUUAUUUGCUUCUGUUUUAUUUUGCUUUCUUAAUUUCCUUUUUCAUUUAAUACUGUUGAGCUCUGAGCUUAGUGAAGACUACUAAGAAACACUCUGAACAGUUGACUACACAGUGAAGAUACCAUGCAAAAUGUUCAACAUUGGAGAUAGAGUUUCAAAAGGUUUAAUACUAAACUGUUUGGAAAUGUAUCUGUUAAUUCUCUGUAUACGUAAUAAAAUCCAAUGUUUUCUUCUCAGAAGAGUUAAUUAAGACCAAACCGAACCUCAUUUAUGGAAAACUGUAUGUGGGAUCAAUGUGCUGGCCUCUUGUUAUUAAUUCUGUGUGGAUCAUGACCCAGCCACCAUUUUCCUCCAUCUGCGCUGUAUUUACUGGGAAAUUAUUUUGUCACUGCUUUCGUUAAUCUCCAUGGCAGUCUUUGCCCAACAUUUAAAAAUUUUGGCCUGCUUAGCUGAUUAAAGAUUUAGUAUAAAUUUAACUGUUUAUGCUUAUUUCAUUUUCAUAUUGGAUUCCAUUUUAAUAAAUAAAAAGUUAGCAUAA